GGUGUCUCCGCGCGGCUCUCCUUCCCCUGCUGUGGUGGUUGCUGAGCAGAGGGGCUGGAGACACAGGCUGGCGAGGAGAGCCCCUCGCGGUCCGCCUGGGUCCCUUUCGCCCCGUCCCCCGUCAGACGCGCCCCCCGCUUACACCCCGUGGGAAGGGAAGGCAUGUCUUCUCCCAGCUCCGUGGACAUGAUUGAAACCCCCCCGGUGCUCAACUUCGAAGAAAUCGACUACAAAGAAAUUGAGGUGGAAGAGGUUGUUGGACGAGGAGCCUUUGGAGUAGUUUGCAAAGCAAAAUGGCGGGGAAAAGAUGUGGCCAUUAAGCAAAUAGAAAGCGAAUCUGAACGAAAAGCCUUCAUUGUAGAGCUUCGACAGUUGUCACGUGUGAAUCAUCCUAAUAUCGUCAAGUUAUAUGGAGCUUGUUUGAAUCCAGUAUGUCUUGUAAUGGAAUAUGCUGAAGGAGGUUCUCUCUAUAAUGUCCUACAUGGUGCUGAGCCUCUGCCUUACUACACUGCUGCACACGCAAUGAGUUGGUGUUUACAAUGUUCCCAAGGAGUAGCAUACCUUCACAGCAUGAAACCGAAAGCACUCAUUCACAGGGACCUAAAACCACCAAAUUUGCUCUUGGUGGCAGGAGGAACUGUUUUAAAAAUAUGUGAUUUUGGUACCGCAUGUGAUAUUCAGACUCACAUGACCAAUAAUAAGGGCAGUGCUGCUUGGAUGGCCCCUGAAGUUUUUGAAGGUAGCAAUUACAGUGAAAAAUGUGAUGUAUUCAGCUGGGGUAUUAUUCUUUGGGAAGUAAUUACCCGCAGAAAACCUUUUGAUGAGAUCGGUGGUCCUGCUUUUCGGAUCAUGUGGGCAGUUCACAAUGGUACCCGGCCACCACUGAUAAAAAAUUUACCCAAGCCUAUUGAGAGCUUAAUGACUCGGUGUUGGUCUAAAGAUCCUUCACAGAGACCUUCCAUGGAGGAAAUUGUCAAAAUAAUGACACAUUUGAUGCAGUAUUUUCCAGGAGCUGAUGAACCUCUACAGUAUCCCUGUCAGUAUUCUGAUGAAGGCCAAAGCAACUCUGCUACUAGUACAGGUUCAUUUAUGGACAUGACUUCCACAAAUACCAGUAACAAAAGUGAUGUCAACAUAGAAGCAAAUGAUUUUCAAGGAACUGCUACGAAUGACACUAUUAAACGUUUAGAAACAAAACUGGCCCAACAGAUGAAAAAUUCAGCAAAGCAGGUGGGAGAACCGGGCCGUUUGAGUUUACCUCCAUCUCGUGGUAGUAGUGUGGAGAGCUUGUCAGAUGUUCGUGGGCGACCACAGUCAACUCUUGUUUCAGGAGAAGGCAAACGAAUGAGUGCUGACAUGUCAGAAAUUGAAGCAAGAAUUGCUGCUACUGCAGCCUUUUCCAAACCUAAACGAGGUCAUCGUAAAACUGCUUCAUUUGGCAACAUUCUGGAUGUCCCAGAGAUCAUCAAACCAGCAGGCAACGGGCAGCAGAGGCGCAGAUCCAUUCAAGAUCUUAGUGUAGCUGGAACAGAUUCCAACCAGGAAAGCAGAAACAGCAGUAGAUCAUCUAGUCCUAGUGUGAGAAUGAUCACUACCUCGGGACCAACCUCAGAAAAGCCAGCUCGUAGUCUACCAUGGACACCUGAUGAUUCUACAGAUACCAAUGGGUCUGAUAACUCCAUCCCAAUGGCAUAUCUUACAUUAGAUCAUCAGUUACAGCCUCUAGCACCAUGUCCAAACUCAAAAGAAUCUAUGGCUGUGUUCGAACAGCACUGUAAAAUGGCACAAGAAUAUAUGAAAGUUCAAACAGAAAUUGCAUUGUUGCUGCAAAGAAAGCAAGAAUUAAUAGCAGAACUGGACCAGGAUGAAAAAGACCAGCAAAAUACAUCACGUCUAGUACAAGAGCAUAAAAAGCUUUUAGAUGAAAAUAAAAGUCUCUCCACCUACUACCAGCAAUGCAAAAAACAGUUGGAGGUCAUCCGAAAUCAACAACAAAAACGUCAAGGGACAUCAUGAUUCAUGGGACCCCAGAUUGACAGUGAAGCACAGGAACUUCUUUUUUUUUUUUUAAUUAUCCCAUAAUAUGACAACUUCCUUAUUGGUGUGUGCUGAAUGUGUAGAUAUACCUGCUGCUCUUCCAAAAUCAAUGCAGUAUGGUUUUCUUUGGGUGAACAUUGAGUUGUUUGAGAAAGAUAAGAGCGGCUACAUGAAUAAUCAGCAGCACUAACUAUGAAGCAAAAUGUAACGAACUCUGGCUGCUUGCAUGCCCCUUGUGUGAUGGCUAUCCUACCAAAACUGAUUAAGUGGCUGCUAUAUUGUAAGAUCUUUAGGUGUUCAUGCAAUAGGAGCAGUAUAGAAUUUUUCUAUUUUUAAAAUGUUUUUGUUCUUCUUUCCUUUUGAACUGUUUGCCAAAUCAGUCAUUUUCCAGGACUCCAGUUUACAUCAAGCUCAAGAGAUGAUGCUGGUUAAACAAUGCAUUCUUUUAAUUGUGUUGUUGUUCAUGGAAUUGGCCCUCUACAUCAAAGGGAUUGCUUCUUAGGCAUAUCUCUUAAAUAUUCUGAUGCAGUGGGAGAGACAUCAAGAGAUCAUCCCAUUCAAGCCCUCCUGGUCCUUUUAUAUGAUCCCCUCCUUGAUUUAUCAUCAAGAGCAACGUUCCAGACCUCUACAUAGCUAUUGACAAGAAUAGUAGUUUCACCCUCUUAUGCUUUAGAGAUAAAUCUAAGUGAAUUUGCUUGCAAAAUACAAGCACUUCUGCUCCAUCUUUUGGAAGCAAUAAUUACAACCUUGUUGAAAAUUAACUUGUAUUAAAAGCAUACAUCCUGAAUUUAGUAAGUCCUCCCCAUUACCUCCUUUUUUUCAUUUUGUUUUGUUUUGUUUUAUAACAAGGCCCACAAAUGAUGACUUCAAACAUGACUCUGGGCCCCAAGUUUCAAAAGUACUGUGGAAAAUUACCAUAUAUACAUUGCAAAUCAAGGCUAUUAACAGGGCUAAUUUAAAAAAAAUUAUCAAAUAAUUAAAAAUAUAACUAUCAAUCUGUGCUUAGAAUUGUUUAAUAGAAAUACAUUAAAUUUCAUUUUCAGUUGCUAGGGGCAAUCAAUUUUUAUAACCAGAGAGGCCACUUUUCCUUGUUUAAAUAUUUUUUCCAGCCUACAAGGGCUGGAAGGAACAUGGCAGUGGUAUCACCUGAAGGGACACAGGUGAAAUUUUUGACCCAGGAUUUUUGGGGGGUGAGGGGGAGGAAGAUUUAAGGAAAACUAUUAGAUCUAGUGGAACCUUAAAUAUACCUUUGCUUGUUUUUCAUCCCCCGAAAAUAAGGAAAAAACCAUAUAACAAAAAUUUUGGCAGCAUAACCUGGACUGGGCUUGCCCCUGGUAGGAAUCAUAAACUGAAAUGUUUACAUUGAAAGGUAGCUAUGAGUAGUGGCACUAUAUUUUUUGUCCUACUUGAAAUCUGAAGCCAAAUCCUCUGCCUGUUUCCUUGCAAGUAAGUCCUGUAUUCAGUGCAGCAUUUUCCCAGGAAGUAAGUAUAUGGUUGCAGCCUCAACAUGGCAGUACAUUUCUUAAGCAUUUGGAACAGCUUAUGGUCUUCAAUGACUUAAAACUUUACAACAGUGAUUGCUAUCGUUAAAGAACCCAAGAGCUCUUUAAAAUCUUGGGUAUCAGUUCAGGUUUGCUUCAUAUAAAAUUGUCCCUUGUGGAAGCUUCUGAAACAGUUUGCUCUGUGUUACCAGUAUUCUCAAGGGGUGGAAGAAAACAUAAGAUGUUUCAAAGCCGCAUGGUGACCCAUUGGACCCAAAUACUAUUUUCAUAUAACAUCGGCUUCACAAAACUCGUAUGCAGAGAGUUAGAAUGGGGCAUUCUGCUGUCUACUCAGCAACAAGCACCACUGUUUACUAGGCCAUUUUUCCCCCGAGUAAGAGUUUGUGAGUAUAGAAUUGGAGCCAGAGCUUUGCUACCUGGCCAUGUCUGAACUCAGUAGGACUGACAUACGAGUAGAUAAGUAUAGGAUUACAGCAUAUUUUCCCCUCUUGUAUGUUUCUGAGAGAUUGCUGACAAACAUCAGGGUCUGUGUUCUGAAAACAGUCUUUUUGACUUUAAAAUAAAUUUAUUCUUAGCAAGUUAAGAGAGUUAAAACCAUAAUCAUUUUACCUAAAUAAAGGAGAGACUUAUAAUUCCUGAAACCCAUAGCUAAUUUGAUUUGGUAGCUUAGAUAGACAUUGGUAUCAAUUUAAGGGUAUACAUAUUUAUAGUCAUUGGCAGGGAGAACAGAAUAGGAAUGGCCAAAGUUAUCUAAAGCACUGCUGUUUACUGCCUACAUCCUUUAGGUUAGCCAAGUGGAUGCAGUUGGAUGCUCUGCUUUUCCCAUGAGAAAACAUGUUAUAAUUAAAGUCUAACCUGUUACAUCAUAGGCUACAAUUACAAGUGAAGAUCUGGAAUAAUCUUGUCUACUGUGGUGUGAAUCGGACUAUAGUUGCUAUAUAGAAAAGUGGAAAAUUAAGGGUCCACAGUUAUCACUUGAUCUUAAGAAUGAAUCUGCACUGUUGGUGAAAAGUUACAUUCUAGAUUUUCAGUAACUGCUAUGUGCUGGUAGAACUGAAUUGGGGGUUUAAAAGACAUAAAAAAUGGAAUUAAUGAGAAGGACAAACACAGAUUGAGUUACAGCCUGAGCCAAGAUAGGCUGAAUUGCUAUUUCUCUUUUUUUUUUUCUUUUCUCUUAAUUGGAUUGAAAGAGGGAUGAGUUUUACUAGAUGUUAAGAUAAAAUUAUAGACUGAUAAUGGUUUUUUUCCUUAAAAAAUGACAUAUUUCAGGAUAUGACUCAAAGCUUCAGAAAGUCAUUCUAAAAUGGCCAAAGACAGUUCACCUUGGGGACAAUCUGGAUAGUUAAUUGAUUUGGCUGAGAAAUGUCCUCCAAAAGUUGUCGUUUUCCUUAGUUAUGUUCUAACUUACAAUCUGGAUCCCAGUGUUAUUCCAGUUUCUUGCAUCAAUUCCAGUUACACUUUUGUGAAGGGAAAAAAACAACUUCAUUUGUGAAUGAUGCAAUGGACUAAAGCAACAAUAAAAAUCCUUAAUAAUACAUUCA